UGCCAUUAGCCAAUUUCUACAUCGCAGACACUCUCCUCCUUUGCUCUCUAUCACUAGUUGGUCAGUUCGCCUCCCAAUAGCACCGCAACCUUUGCUCUCUCUACCUAUCCAUAUCUUCUGUUCGAUCAAAACCCCAACUAUAAAACCCUUGUCAAGAAAUACCCAAAAUUCUCUCUCAAUUUUCAAUCUCAUCCUCUCUGUCCCUAUCUCAAUUACCAUUUCUUUCCGAAUCGAAGUUCCUAUAUCAAUUCCUCAUGCCCUUCAUCUAACACUGAGUGAUUUUGGUGAUUUUGUGGGAAAUGAAGAGAGAGCUGGCUUUUGUGGCUGGAGUUCAGUCCCAGCUAGCUAGCUCGUUUGGUCGGAGCUGUGGUCUGUCAAUUGGAAAAGAUUUGCCGCCGGCGGAAGUAUCUGAGAAUGGUAAUUGUAAGAGAUUCAGAGUUGCGAAGGUAAAUGGUUACAUUGUUUAUUCUCGGGUGAAUAAGAGAAGUAGACCAGCUAGUGAAUGUAAGAAAGUUAGCGACGAUUUACAAAGUAAAAGGAUUAAGAGUGUUGAGGAGCUACAAUUAGGUGUAAUUAAUGGGAUAAAUAGUGCACUCAAUGAGGAUCGGAAGUUUCAAGUAGUUGAAAGCGUAAUUGAAGAUUGCCGAGCAGCUGAGACGCUAAAAAAAGAGAGUCAAGUUGUUGAAAAUGUAGAAUUGGCUGGCUGUAAAGAUGAACUAAUGAGUGAUCCCAAGCCAAUUCCACCUGAGGAAGAAGGCAAUGAGAAUACUGAGGUGAGGAUCGAUAAAUUAAGACGGUUGACAAGGUCGAAUUUGAAGUUUAAGUUGGAGCCUGUGGAGGUAAAGGUUAAUGGAUUGGAAUCUGUUGACACUGAAAUGUUUUCUAAAGUAGACGUGGAGAUGAUAGCUGAAGGGAGUGCAUUGACUCCUCCAAAGAGAAAUUUAGAGUUGAAAAUGUCUAAAAAGAUUGCAUUGAAUAAUGUGCCGAUGACAGUCAAGGAGCUCUUUGAGACUGGCUUUCUCGAGGGUGUACCAGUCGUUUACAUGGGCGGCAAGAAGUAUCAGGAAUUUUGCCUACGAGGUGUAAUCAAAGAUGUUGGAAUUCUGUGUUCAUGUUCCUUCUGCAAGGGAUGUAGAGUUAUUCCACCUUCACAAUUUGAGAUUCAUGCUAUCAGCCAAUACAGACGAGCAGCACAGUACAUUUGUUUUGAGAAUGGGAAGAGCCUGCUCGAUGUACUGAAUGCAUGUAGGGCUUCUCCUUUGAGUUCUUUGGAAGCAACAAUUCAAAAUGCCAUUAGUGGUUUACCGAAAGAGAAAACUUUCACGUGUAAAAGAUGCAAAGGUAUAUUCCCUACAAUAUACGUUGGCAAAAUAGGACCUUUAUGCAAUUCAUGUGUGGAGUCAAAAGAAUCUAAUGGUGCGCUAGCUUCUGAAACUAGUAUAAAGGCUAGCUUAGUAGAGCCAGUUUUGUCUGUGGAUCCCACUGGAAGUGCUUUUAUGUCUACCCUCUCCCAAGAUAAUACUCUGAGCAAGAUAGCAAGAAAGCCAGCAAAACCAGAUUUAGGUGCAAAGUUAUCAAGAAGUUCUCCAUUGCGCAUGUCUUCAAGAAAGAAGAGUGAACAGAAGAAAAGAACAAAGUCACCAGAAUCAGAGUUGAUAUCAAAUCUCUCCGUAAUUGCUUCUGCACAUCCCUCAUCACGGAAAAGGAAGCUAUUGAAGAUCUCACCAAGGACAUCAAAACCAGCUACACUAUCAAAGUCUUUGAAAAGUGCAUCAGCAAGUGCUUCUUCACAAAAUAAGUGCCAGUGGAAAAUAACAACAAAAGAUCAGAGGUUGCAUAAAUUGGUUUUUGAGGAUGGUGGAUUGCCUGAUGGAACUGAAGUAGCAUACUAUGCUCGUGGCCAGAAAUUGCUUGUGGGUUACAAGAGGGGCUUUGGAAUACUUUGCUGUUGCUGCAACUGUGAGGUCAGCCCCUCAACAUUUGAAGCUCAUGCAGGCUGGGCUACUCGCAAAAAGCCGUAUGCGUAUAUUUACACAUCUAAUGGUGUGUCACUUCAUGAAUUGGCAAUAUCACUAUCAAAAGGCCGCAAGUAUUCUGCCAAGGACAAUGAUGACCUAUGCAUUGUCUGUUCAGAUGGUGGCAGUCUCGUUCUUUGUGAUGGUUGCCCAAGGGCCUUCCACAAAGGGUGUGCAUCUCUAUCCAGUGUUCCCCGUGGAAAAUGGUUUUGCCAAUUUUGCAAGAAUAUGUUCCAAAGAGAAAAGUUUGUUGAACAUAAUGCCAAUGCUGUUGCAGCUGGAAGGGUUUCAGGAGUUGAUCCUAUAGAACAGAUAACAAAGAGAUGCAUGCGCAUUGUCAAAAACUUAGAAGCAGAGCUUAGUGGAUGCGUGUUAUGCAGAGGUUAUGAUUUUAGCAGAUUUGGAUUCGGUCCACGAACAAUCAUACUGUGUGAUCAGUGUGAGAAGGAAUUUCAUGUGGGCUGUUUGAGGAAUCAUAAAAUAGCCAACCUAAAGGAAUUGCCAAAAGGGAAGUGGUUUUGUUGUCCAGAUUGUUGUAGGAUUCAUUCUACUUUGCAGAAGUUGCUAGUGCGUGGAGCUGAAAAACUCGAGGAACCUCUUUUGAAUGUUAUAAAGAAGAAGAACGUGGAGAAAGGCUUGGAAAUCAUUAAUGAUAUUGACGUGAGAUGGAGGCUUCUUAGUGGCAAAUUUGUUACUUCUGAAACUAAAUUGUUACUUUCACAAGCUCAUGCAAUCUUCCAAGAAUGUUUCGAUCCUAUAGUAGAUACAACUGGACGUGAUCUUAUUCCUUUGAUGGUUUAUGGGAAGAAUUCAAAGGGCCAAGAUUAUGGAGGAAUGUACUGUGCAGUAUUAACGGUCAAUUCGUUUGUUGUGUCGGCUGGAAUACUUAGAAUAUUUGGGCAAGAAGUUGCUGAACUUCCCUUAGUUGCAACAAGUAACGGUAACCACGGGAAGGGCUAUUUCCAGUUAUUGUUCUCCUGCAUCGAGAAGUUGUUGGCUUUUUUAAAUGUUCAGAGCCUUGUGCUUCCAUCUGCUGAAGAGGCGGAAUCUAUAUGGACGGACAAAUUUGGAUUUCAGAAGAUAAAACCAGAUGAGCUUAGCAAAUACAGAAAAAGUUGCUGUCAGAUGUUGAACUUCAAAGGGACAUCAAUGCUGCAGAAAGCGGUUCCUGCUUGUAGAAUUGUUAAUCAAAAUACCAUGUCUGUAGAAGUAUUGUAAAGAAGUUGUAUGGGCUAUUCUUUUUGUUGUGAAGGAAAAGCUUAGUGUUUUCAUUUUUGGUUCCUAUUGUUUUUUUUUUUUUUCCCUGAUAAGAGAUGUAUGUAUAGAGCAAGUUAUUUAAGUACAUAUGUGACUUAGUUCUUCUACCAUUUUAGUAUCUACAGGAAGCACAUGCAACUCAUUUGUGCGGAUUACAUUCUCCUAUUUGUCAAGUCGUGAUAAACAUAGUCAUGUCACCCCUGAAAUUUCCUGAGGAAUAAUGUAGCUAAAUUUGCAAAA